CAGACUUCUGUUGGGCAGUGAUCUGACAGAGUGUCAGCCUUUAGAGCGGAGUGAAUCACCUCAUCAGCCCGGGCAGAGCGGCAGUCACUCCGCGGAGAGGACGCAGCUGUUCGGUCAAACACCCGAUUACGCACCGGGGGAAUUCCACCUGAAAACGCAAAUGUUGGCACUGUGACUGAGAACAAGGAUCCAACAACUGUCCCCCCUUUAAAUUAUCUUGGAAUAUACUGCUUGAUUAUAUAGGCAUCCUAUUUUAUAGUCUAAUUAGGAUCAGUCAAAAGCCGGAGGGCAUCUCCUCGGCAGAAUGGAGGGAUUUACACCUUUCUUCAACAUGAUUCUCGUCGCACUUGUCGCCACCGUCUCAUCGACCAAGUUAAAUGUACCGCGGCUGAGGCUAUCAUAUAAAGACCUGCUGUCCACCAACAGGUCGUCUAUCUUCAGCGGCCACCAUGGCCAGCUCUCUCUCACCGCCGUCUUCCUGGACGAGUACCGUGACCGCCUCUUCCUGGGAGGACAAGAUAUCCUCUACUCUCUCAUGCUGGGACCUGCCAGCAGCGAGUCCAAAGAGAUCUCCUGGCCUCCAUUACCUGGCAACAGAGAGGACUGCAUUCAAACGGGGAAGGAACCACAGACGGAGUGUGCCAACUUUGUUCGCCUCCUGCAGCCCUACAACCGCACCCACCUCUUGGCCUGUGGCACCGGUGCCUUCCAGCCCAUGUGUGCCUUCAUCUACGUGGGGCACAGAGGAGAGCAUGUGUUCACCAUGGAUCCUACAAAUGUGGAGAAUGGAAGAGGCAAAGUUCCACAUGACCCCAGCCUCCCCUUCGCUAGCACCUUCAGUGGUGGGGAGCUGUAUACAGGACUGACUGCAGAUUUCCUGGGGAGAGACUCUGUGAUCUUCAGGAGUAUGGGAGGUCGCUCCACCAUGAGGACAGAGACUGACCAGAAACUUCUGCAUGACCCAAAGUUCAUCGCUGCCCACCUCAUCCCAGACAACGACGACAAAGACAACGAUAAAGUGUAUUUCUUCUUCACUGAGAAGGCCACGGAGCCGGGGGACAGGGAGGGGGCCAUACACACGCGUGUCGGACGAGUGUGUGCGAAUGAUGUUGGAGGCCAGAGAGUGCUGGUGAACAAGUGGAGUACCUUCAUCAAAGCCCGACUGGUCUGCUCUGUACCAGGACCUCACGGCAUCGACACACACUUCAACCAACUGGAGGAUGUUUUCCUGCUGAGGACCAAGGAUGAGAGGAACCCAGAUGUCUAUGCGAUCUUCAGCACUAUCAGCAAUGUGUUCCAGGGUUUUGCCGUGUGUGUUUACCGUAUGGCUGACAUCAGAGAAGCCUUCAAUGGACCCUUCGCUCAUAAAGAGGGCCCUGACUACCAGUGGGGGGCCUAUGAAGGCAGGGUCCCUUAUCCAAGACCAGGCGUGUGCCCUAGUAAAAUCACCAACCAGCCAGGCAGAGAGUUUGGCAGCACAAAGGACUUCCCUGAUUCAGUGCUGCAGUUUGCCCGCAGCCACCCAUUGAUGUGGCGGCCGGUGUAUCCUGCUCUGCGCCAGCCUGUGCUUGUAAAGGCAAACAUUCCUUACAAGCUGAAACAAAUCGUGGUGGACCGGGUCGAGGCAGAGGACGGGCAGUAUGAUGUCAUGUUCAUUGGCACAGAUGUUGGCAUGGUAUUGAAAGUCAUAGCCCUGCACAGUGGAAACAGCCUGGAGACAGAGGAGGUCACACUGGAGGAGCUACAAGUCUUCAAAGUGCCAACUCCAAUUACAUCGAUGGACAUAUCCGUGAAAAGGCAAGCCCUGUUUGUAGGCUCUCCAGCCGGUGUGGCGCAGGUUAAGCUGCAUCGCUGUGAGACUUAUGGGAAAGCCUGCGCUGAGUGCUGCCUGGCCAGAGACCCUUACUGCGCCUGGGAUGGAUCACUGUGCGCACGGUACAUGCCCAACAGCAAACGCCGCUACCGCAGACAGGACAUCAGGCACGGAAACCCUGUGCUGCAGUGUGUUGAUCAGAAUCUGAGUGAGGGCUUUGAUGUGACAGAAGACAGGGUGGUGUAUGGAACGGAGAACAACAGCACCUUCCUGGAGUGUGUUCCUCGCUCCCCUCAAGCUACUGUUACCUGGCUCGUCCAACGAGAUGACCACAAGGAGGAGGUAACGCUGGACGAACGUGUGAUGUCUACGGAACAAGGCCUCCUGUUUCGCCGUCUCUUCCGCCCGGAUGAAGGCGUGUACAUCUGCCGCUCUCGAGAGCAUGGCUUCACACAGACCCUGGCCCGCCUCACCCUCGAAGUUCUCCAGGGGGAGACUGUGGACGAGCUCAUGGCCCGAGACGCCGCUGGCCUCUCCGACUCGUUCAAAGACCGGUCCACAGGGAGCUACAGGGCCUGGAUGCCUUGUAGUGCCUACAGCAGGGGCGGCUCGUCAAGCCAAAUUGGCCAAUCGCGUACAUGGUUCAAGGAUAUCAUGCAGCUGAUUGGGCCUUCGAACCUGCCGCACGUGGAGGAGUACUGCGAGAGGAUGUGGUGCAACGACAAGCUGAGGAGGAAACACAAGAGCAUGCUGGAGAAAUACCGGCAAGCGCAGGAGAGCGCCAGGAAGGCACGUAGCAAGAGCUCCGGCGAACGCAACCGGACGCCGAGAGAUCUCAGCGCAUGGGAGGAGUAACGGAGAGAAAGCGAGCGGGAGGGAAAAGAAGGAGAAAAUAAAAGAAGGGACAAAGAUUACAGUACAGGAAAAAAAAUGAAUGGGGCAGCCAAAAGGGUCAAGAGCAGCUUCAACUCCUGACAGUUGAAACUUUGGCACUUGGAUUUGAAAGAAUGAGGUAGAUCCCAACAGAACAUCUGCUUUGGCCAUUAAACAGAACAGAAUGGAUUUUAUGAUAUCAAUAUAUGUGUAGACCAGGUGUUAGGGGCUGGAUAUGGCCCAAAAACGCAGAAGUGUUGUCUGUCUUGAAAGACCGCACAAAAAGAGACUGCUACUGAACUGAACAGGCUGUUGCUAUAAAGAGAGACAAUCUUCCAAAUACACUCUGAGGAUGCUUUUUAAAAAUCUUGAUUACCAAGGACUCCUCCUUCUCUCACACACUUUUGCCAUUGUAUACUUUUACGGAUGAAAAUGGCAGACACUGUUUUGAUCACAUCAAGUUAUAUAAAAGCUUCACAAAUCUCAGAUUGAUAAAAUGUUCACAUGCCUAAGGACUGACUCUUUGAUGAACACUUUGUGUUGGCUCUUGGCUAAUUGGGGCUUGAAAAAGAGAGCAACAUCGCAUUUUCUGACUUUGCAUAUUUGGACUUGUGAGCGUGUGUGGCCAUGUGUGUCAGAGCAAGUGCAGCUCCUACACACACAAACACAUACACUUAGUUUCCAUUUGUUUUUGUCACAUUUCAGACAACGCAAUCACUGGAUUGAUCUCCUUCUCACUUAGUAUCUAAUGCUCCAUUUUUCUUGCCGUGUUCUGCACUUGGCUAUUUUUUAAAUGACAUAUUCAUGUGUGACUCUAGCUCAAGACAUAACUGAGUUUGCAGUGUAUUUAUAAGAGGCUUAUGCAACUAAUGCACCCAGGCUAAGACACUUAUGGCGCAUUUCCACUGCAUAGUACGGCACGGCUUGACUCAACUUGCUCGGAACUGUUCAUUUGGGGUUUUCUUGCAAAAGUCGUGGAUAGUACCUAGCGCUUUCUAUGCUUCCGCACCCGUUACCAGAAAUGAGUAGAGUCGAGCCCAACUAUGCCGUGGAAAUCAAGCAUUGCUGUAUCUGAUCUUGCCACUGUUCAUGCUCUCACACACACACACACACACACACACACACACACACACACACACACACACACACACACACACACACACAGAAACUGAAAUCCCACUCACCCGUUACACUGAAUGCAUAAGCUCAAAUAGCUCAAACUGGAAGCCAACAUGAGACGACUGUUGAUGGUUCAACAGAUUAAAGGCACAUUGCUUUAUUGUUACUACUGUGGGUUGAACUUUCCAUUAACACCAGCUACAGAUCAAGAUUCCCCCUUCCCCGACCCGUAAAGGGAUAUUUCACAGUGGCUUACUUUCAUGCCUUUGGGCACAUACCGCAACACCUCCUGGAAUGUACCUAAUGGCCCUGUUCAAUCGCCGAUAUUUGCUUCCAUUGGAAUGCUUCUGUACCUCAACUCGGUUGUCUGUGAGACUUUAACACCUAUCAAGCCUAGCAAGUCGGCCUUCAAAUAUUCAUUGCUUUCAAAUUGUUUGUUCAUGCAUUUGUAUUACUUGUGGCUGUUUUCAAAAAUUACUCACAAAUCAUCCAUUAAAGUAGAAAUUACAUAACCUGACCUCUCUGUUAUAGCCUCACCUCACACGUCAAUCAUCCACAAAACUCAUUUUCCCACAGUUCCCGUAGAAGGGUUUAUCUGAAAAGGCCAAUUCCUCUUGUGCUUUCUGCUUUGUAAACACUGGUUUUAUGACGGUCCAUGGUUUGAACACAUGGUAAUCCACAUUGUUAUUGUCUUCACUUUUGUUGUUAAAAUAUAACCUUCACGGCAACUGAAUCCAAAAGAGGUUUCCCUUCUACAGGAACAAAGUGGAGAAGAGAGCGGAGGGUUGGAUUUAUUAAUGAGACAGGAAAAAGCAGAUGAAGGGACAGGACAGACAAAGAAAAGACUGACCUUUCAUAGGGUGAGAUGUGAACAUUGUAACUUUGUAACUGAAAUCUAGUCUGGCUUCAGAUGUAAAAGGAAAGACAGACGGAUGGCCAGCUUCAGUCAAAGUACGGAGUGUGUGUGGAUGGCAGGGAGAUAUUUUGGAGCUUCAGUAAUAUUAUAUAAUAUAAAAAAUAAUCAUAAACUGAAGAAAUAAAUUGUGAAUAUUUUUUAAGACUAAAAAGUAGUUUUGAGAGUUGAUUUUAACCCCUUCUAACUAAAUCCCACAUGUAACUAGAAGACAUUAAAGGAGGAUUUGGAGUUGAAUCACUCGUCUAGUUACCUCUGGCUUCUCUGGAGGUCAAGAGGAGAGCCGUGCAAAUGAUUGGUUACAUAUAGUGCACCUAAUAAGCAAACAACAAAAAGAUACGUCUAUAAUGUGUCCAUAAUUAAAAGUUGUCAGAUUAAUUCCUUGAUAUUUAUUUUAUCUUGCACCUUUAAUAUUUGUCCCUGCACAAGUCUGUGUACGUAAGAAAUCCAAGCUGAUAUUAUCUACAUUUGUACUGUGAUCGAUUACAUGUUGGUGGUUGAGUGCAUGGCGAAACUAUCAGUUACAGAUUAAUUUGGGGAUACAAACAGUCAGAAAUACAAUCAGCUGUUCACAAAUAGCCUGUUGCUUCUGAGGACCUCCAAUAUGGCCGCCAGAGGGUGGAAUCCAUAUGAUAUUUGUACAUAUGGAAGAUGGUAUAGAUAUUCUGGGAGCCCUCUCAUUGUUUAAACGUAGCCAGGAAACAACAUUAGCACCAGUGAACUUGUUGACCUUUUUGUAACCUUCAUGGCGUGUGAAUGUCUUCUUAUAGGACAACAGAAAGAGAGGAGGAGCGAACAUGUGGAGAAGAAAGGAGAGAUUUAAUAAAAUAAGGUACUAUAAGCAUCUUGUGACGGCUGUAUUUGCGACUUGUAAAAAUUGUAAUACAUAUUAAAACCCAUUUUCCUACAAUUCAUCAGUAUGCAGAGAGCAUUUCAAAGGGUGACAUAUUUUUACCCAGUAAGUAAAGCCCACUUAAGGACGCGUUUUAGUUUAUUUUCUUAGUUAGAGGAUUGUGAGACUGGUUAUUAGACUCUACUAAUGGUGUUUUCUUUACAAAUAUUGCUUCUGAUUUGUAUCUAAAUGGAAAGAAAAUUAUCGGAGUGUGUAUGUGUGACAGGAGGAUAGUAUGCAUGAAACAAAGAGACCGUUGGCAGGAAAAAAAAAGAUUAAAAAAAAGUUUUAUGUUUAAAAUAACCCUCCUAAAAAGUCCCUUUUCUCCUAAAAUUGUCACAUCAUUUUAUAUUUUAGUCUUGUAACGGAAAAAGCUACAUGGUUACUUUGUCUGUUCUGCUGUGGUCUAUGAAGAUGAUAUUCUGUGUGUUGAUAUUCUUCCUUUGUAACGUCACACCAUGUAUUGUAUUACUUUAAUCAGAAAAUGGAAAAAAAAAAACUGUGUUUAAGAUAUAAAUACUUACCUAUGAAUGUAAACAUAAAGUGUGUAAAAUUGUCAAAGUCAAAAUUGCUAGUUUCCAUUUUACGGCAACUGUCAUUAUGGAACCGAAAAGUAAAUGCUGACCCUUUUGAGACUCAACAAAAACUCAUACUUCAGGAGGACAUCAGUAAUCUGUGCAUUUCUUUCAUGUUCAACGAACACAUUGUAAAGCCUUGAAAUGCAGUUUUUGUACAGUUAUACAAAGUGUGUCGUGGACGUGCAUCUCAGUGAAGUUUGUCAAUACUUUUUAAAUUUGAUCUAAAAUGUUGAAUUUGCAGCACUGCCUUAAUGUCCAAAGUUUUACAGUGACAACACUUAACUGAUUUAUCAUUUGACGAAGACUUCAACACUCACCAAUGUGAUCGAUGUGUUGUGAUACUCGAUACAUUCAAACUACACCAGCUGAUUUCACUGAUUACUUGCGCCUCCUGAUUGGAGGUCCACUAAUUGCUAAAUGCCUGCACACCACUGUGCUCACCACAGCUACUCUACAUCAAGCAGACCAAUAUGUUCAGUCAGCUUUUGACUGUGAAAGUAGACACUGCAGCGAAAACGGUCAUAAAAUCUAUCGUAUUCAGAACUAUGGCAACCAUUAACUUGGAAAGUCAGCAGUCCAACAAAUCACACUAGCCAUCAUGACCUUGAAAGGUUCAACAAGAAUGGUUUCCACACAGAAAACACUUCUUACUGCACAUGCAGGCAACAACAUGAUCAAUGUAGAAUUUAGGCUAAAAGGUUUAAGGAUCUUUUGAUUUAGAAAAAAUAGCAUCAACUUGGAGACCUGUCUCUUUUAUUGUACUGUAAAGUUGUGCUGGUUGUGGGGUCUCUGACGGAGCCUAAUUUAAAUGCAUAUUUAUGUUUUUAUUUAAGUGUCUUUCUACCAUGCAUGCUAUGUACUUGUAUGCAAUUUAACAGAAUUAAAAGUUUUUUUUCUAACAAAG